AUGAAGAGAUGUAAAUUGAUAGGAGGGACAGAUGUGGGGAGAUGUAAAGAUAUAGGAGGGAAAGAUGUGAAGAGAUGUAAAGUGAUAGGAGGGACAGAUGUUAAGAGAUUUAAAGAGAUAGGAGGGACAGAUGUGGGGAGAUGUAAAGAUAUAGGAGGGAAAGAUGUGGGGAGAUGUAAAGAGAUAGGAGGGACAGAUGUGAAGAGAUGUAAAGAGAUAGGAGGGACAGAUGUGAAGAGAUGUAAAGUGAUAGGAGGGACAGAUGUGAAGAGAUGUAAACAGAUAGGAGGGACAGAUGUGGGGAGAUGUAAAGAGAUAGGAGGGACAGAUGUGAAGAGAUGUAAAGUGAUAGGAGGGACAGAUGUGGGUAGAUGUAAAGAGAUAGGAGGGACAGAUAUGAAGAGGUGUAAAGUGAUAGGAGGGACAGAUAUGAAGAGAUGUAAAUUGAUAGGAGGUAGAGUUGUGGGGAGAUGUAAAGAGAAAGGAGGGACAGAUGUGGGGAGAUGUAAAGAAAUAGAAGGGACAGAUAUUAAGAGAUGUAAAGUGAUAGGAGGGACAGAUGUGAAGAGAUGUAAAGUGAUAGGAGUGACAGAUGUGGGGAGAUGUAAAGAGAUAGGAGGGACAGAUAUGAAGAGAUGUAAAGUGAUAGGAGGGACAGAUGUGGGGAGAUGUAAAGAGAUAGGAGGGACAGAUAUGAAGAGAUGUAAAGUGAUAGGAGGGACAGAUGUUGGGAGAUGUAAAGAGAUAGGAGGGACAGAUGUGGGGAGAUGUAAAAUGAUAGGAGGGACAGAUGUGAAGAGAUAUAAAGUAAAAGGAGAGACAGAUGUGAAGAGAUGUAAAUUGAUAGGAGGGACAGAUGUGGGGAGAUGUAGAGAGAUAGGAGGAACAGAUGUGGGGAGAUGUAAAGAAAUAGGAGUGACAGAUGUGAAGAGAUGUAAAGAGAUAGGAGGGAGAGAUGUGGGGAGAUGUAAAGAGAUAGGAGGGACAGAUGUGGCGAGAUGUAAAGAGAUAGGAGGGACAGAUAUUAAGAGAUGUAAAGUGAUAGGAGGGACAGAUGUGAAGAGAUGUAAAGAGAUAGGAGUGACAGAUGUGAAGAGAUGUAAAGAGAUAGGAGGGAGAGAUGUGGGGAGAUGUAAAGAGAUAGGAGGGACAGAUGUGGCGAGAUGUAAAGAGAUAGGAGGGACAGAUAUGGGGAGAUGUAAAGAGAUAGUAGGGGCAGCUGUGAAGAGAUGUAAAGAGAUAGGAGUGACAGACGUGAAGAGAUGUAAAGAGAUAGGAAGGACAGAUAUGAAGAGAUGUAAAGUGAUAGGAGGGAGAGAUGUGAAGAGAUGUAAAGUGAUAGGAGGGGCAGAUGUGAAAAGAUGUAAAUUGAUAGAAGGGACAGAUGUGGGGAGAUGUAAAGUGAUAGGAGGGACAGAUAUGAAGAAAUGUAAAGAGAUAGGAGGGAGAGAUGUGGGGAGAUGUAAAGAGAUAGGAGGGACAGAUGUGAAGAGAUGA